AUGAUAAGGAGUUUGGGCAGAGAUUCUGAAUUAACUCAUCGUAAAACAAAAAAAUAUAAUCGGUGCACCCCCGGCAUAGAACAAUAGCAUACAAACAAGUACAAAAACAAGCGCGCUCAUCAUAGUUCACACGUCCCCUAUUAACAACAACCGUAAAUUCAAAAACCAAAACAUUGUACUCACGCAUGUUGAUUUCAAAGCACCAAUUUUUCAUCAAAAACACAAACCAUUCUUCAUCAUUAACAUUACUACUAUCCCUUCUUAAACAAUGUCCCUCUAUAAAAACCCUUCAACAAAUCCACACCCAAAUGAUAAUCCAUUCCAUUCACAAACCAAAUCACCUUCUCUCACAAUCCAUAACCCUCAAAGACUUCAACUAUUCCUCCAUAAUUUUCUCACAUAUAAUUCCUCAUCCAAAUGACUAUGCUUUUAACAUCAUGCUUAGGGCUACCACUACUACUUGGCAUAAUUACCCUCUUACAAUUAAUCUUUAUAAUCAAAUGAAAAUGUUAAGUAUUACUCCUAAUAAAUUUACUUACCCGUUUGUUUUCCUCGCUUGUGGGAAUCUUGAAGCUGUUCGUGAAGGGCGAUUGGCUCAUUCCGAGGUUUUUAAACUUGGGUUGGAUGCUGAUUUGCAUACUGUGCAUUCGAUGAUUACGAUGUAUUUUAGGUGUGGGGAGUUUGGGUUUGCACGUAAGGUGUUCGAUGAAAUUUCUGACAAGGAUUUGGUGUCGUGGAAUUCGUUGAUUUCUGGGUAUGCGAAGAUGGGGCGUGCGAGGGAAGCAGUUGAGGUGUUUGUAAGGUUGAGGGAAGAGUCUGGGUUUGAGCCUGAUGAGAUGAGUUUGGUUAGUGUUCUUGGUGCUUGUGGUGAAUUGGGGGAUUUGGAAUUGGGGAAGUGGGUUGAAGGGUUUGUUGUCGAACGUGACAUGAAGCUUAAUACGUAUAUAGGUUCUGCUUUGAUUAGUAUGUAUGGUAAGUGUGGUGAUUUGGUUUCGGCUAGAAGGAUAUUUGAUGGCAUGCCAAGCAGAGAUGUUAUUACUUGGAAUGCAGUUAUAUCAGGAUAUGCUCAAAAUGGAAUGGCAGAUGAAGCAAUAUCUUUAUUUCAUUCUAUGAAGGAGAGUGGUGUUAAUCCAAAUAAAGUUACCCUGACUGCAGUUCUGUCUGCAUGUGCCGGUAUUGGGGCUUUGGAUUUGGGGAAACAAAUUGAUGAAUAUGCAACACAAAGAGGAUUUCAACAUGAUAUUUUUAUAGCUACUGCAUUGAUCGAUAUGUAUGCCAAGUGUGGAAGUUUGGAGAGUGCCCAGCGAGUUUUCAACAACAUGCCUUGGAAAAAUGAUGCUUCUUGGAAUGCUAUGAUCUCUGCGCUUGCUUCUCAUGGCAAAGCCAAGGAAGCCCUAUCACUUUUCCAGCGCAUGUCAGAUGAGGGUGGUGGUGCUCGCCCAAAUGAUAUAACGUUUGUAGCGUUGCUUUCGGCUUGUGUGCAUGCAGGCUUGGUUGAUGAGGGACAUAGGUUGUUUGAUAUGAUGAGCACAUUGUUUGGAUUGGUACCAAAAAUUGAGCACUACUCUUGUAUGGUUGAUCUUUUGGCACGUGCCGGUCAUUUAUACGAAGCUUGGGAUCUCAUUGAGAAAAUGCCUGAAAAACCAGACAAGGUUACAUUAGGUGCUUUACACGGUGCCUGUCGAAGGAAGAAAAACGUAGAUAUUGCAGAACGAGUUAUGCAGAUGCUUUUAGAGUUGGAUCCUUCAAACUCUGGAAACUAUAUCAUCUCCUCAAAAAUAUAUGCAAAUUUGAACAUGUGGGAUGAUUCAGCAAGGAUGAGAGCGUUGAUGAGAGAGAAGGGUGUCACUAAAACUCCUGGUUGUAGCUGGAUUGAAGUUGAUAAUGAAUUGCGUGAAUUUCGUGCUGGCGAUGGUUUAUCCCUUGACUCUACAGAUAUAUUUAACAUAAUUGAUUUGCUCUAUGAAGAUCUCAAAAAGGAAGGUUAUGUGCCAAAGAUUGUUGACUAAUCUUUAUGCAGAGCAAAGGAGUUGUUUUAUUGGAUAUUGCCGAAGCAGGGAGAUUUGGACUCUGCGGCACUCAAGAGUUUCAGCUCAAAUAUUCAUGUCUGUUGAAUCGGUUUCAUCAGGUUAGUUUGUUCUGACAGCACAUACUAAUAUAUAGCCGAUGCUUGUAUUCUUUUGUACUUAAGCUCGGGUUUAUAUAAUUUAAGGUGGAUGAGCCCUAUGAAGCACCGCCACCUUGGAUUGAAUGCGUUUCCGAUGCCCAACAUGUGUCCGUGUCUGACACAAAACCGACACAUUUGAUUACAUUUAAUUACUUCUAUUUUUGAAACUAUUACCAGUGUUGUGUCCCGUGUCCGUGUCUGUGCUUCAUAGGCUGAGCCUCUAGCUUUUACAUAAGCUAUAAUUUGGACACUUUCUUGAACUUUUGCCAAAUAUGUUCAGGGAAGGAGCUUUUUUCACCUUGUUUGUUUAGGCAAUAUAUUUUGUUUUGUAAGGAAGAUAUAUUUUGCCAAUAGGAUCCAGCAAUUGAUCUUGCUAUUAGGGAAGUAACUUUAGCUUCUUUACUUGUCAUACUCAUACCAUUAGCAACGAAAAUUUGAUACUCUAUAUUUAAUUUUUUUUUUUUACCAAUGAAGGUUUAGAUAGGUCAAUAUAUUAUAGCAGCAACAAUUGUUUUGUAUCAGAAGAAAUAAAGAGUUUCCUUGGCAUCAUGCAAAUUCAACAAAUAAUGAUGAUAAAAAGUUUAUUUGCUUAGAUGACAGGAGUGUAAGAAAAUAUUUGUACCUUAGAUUUUCUGAUUUUGUUGUUUGUUUUCUACUUCCAUUUAGUUAUUCUAUGAUGUGACAAAAUCUUCAAAAUCACGAGACUUGAUUU